AUGAAUCGUUUAUAUGAAAUCAACCAAAUGUCUGCUACUCAUAAUAAACACUGGAAUUUUUUAAAAUUACUGUGUAAAGAUAAAAAUGUUGAUGAAGUUAAUAAAAAGCUGGAAGAAAUUGCUUUACAGCAUAAAAACGAGAUAACUCUCAAACAGGAUAUAGCAAAACAGCGCGUUAAUGAUCAACUGUAUGAAAUUCAUAAAGUAGCUGAAGAAAUUGAUCGAACUAAGUUUGCCGUCGACUCCAAUAAGGGAUUAUGGCAAAAAGUGCUCAAAGGUCAUAAUCGAUUGUUUCCAAACUUUCUGAACAAAAUAAACUCAAAUCUCGACUCAUCCCCGACAAACUUUACUAAAAUAUCAGGUAAACAAAAGGAAGCGAAGAAAUCAGUUCUCAAGGACCGUCGUGGAGAGAAAAAACAUAAAAGCAGGACUAUUCAUAGUCUGAAAAAAAAUCAAAAGGAAUUUCAAAGACCUCCACCACGCCCAAAAACUAGACUGAUAUUAUCCGCCCCGAGAGUCAGACGAAUCAGACGAAGACCAGCCACCACUCCAAACUCGACUCGGUCUACAUUAAUUUUUGGAUUGACUUCAACUGUCGGUUCUGCAUCUCAGCGAAAAUUAUGGUUUCUUUCUAGAUCCUACCUGGAGUUAGAAAAUCAAAUCCGAGUUGAACGUCGAAAAAAUCGACAGCAAAUAAAAUCAUCUAGAUCAUGUCCACCACGUGUAAGUCUAUCAACAAAUAUGAACGAUCAACUUGAUUCGGCAAGAAGCAUUAACUCAAGGCCUUCAUUUGCUCCAAAAACUCCAAGAGAACAGAAGCUUAAGAGGUGUUUGUAUUUCCUUAAAAUUCAGCAAACAGAACUUCAAGAAAAAAUAAAUAAAUUUUGUGACGACAUUAGUGAGUUUAUUAAAAGUUCACUAAAUAUUAAUGAUGAAGUUGUGCCUGAUAAUGCUUUGUCUAUCAGUAUUUUUUGA